AUGGACGUACUACAGGAUUUGGGCCGUCACUUGGUGUUUCCCAUUGAUUUCGAAAGCCAAGCAUAUACCGAGAGAAUCUCGAAACUGGGACUCUAUGCUGCUACAAUUAUCAGCUGUGUGGCUGGGUAUGCGAGUAACUCGCUAAAAAUAUGUGCUGCGGUUUUUGUAGCAGGCGUGAUUGGUGUUAUGGCAGCUGUGCUGCCAGCGUACCCUGCAUACAACAAGAACAGACCCAAAUGGGUGAGUUCCGGGCCCAAAGUGGUUCUAGCAGACGAAUAG